UUAUUUCCCGAUCCAGGAUUUAAACCCGGGCAUCUGAAUUAUAAAGCCAGCAUCUCAUCCACUCGACUAUGGCCACUCCACCUUGCUGAUAAUAAUAACAAAAUUAUUAUCUAGGCCUACUCUUGUGAGAAGCAAUGGAUUAUCCUUUCAAUGAAUAGUUGCAAAUUCACAUUCAAAAUUAUUUAAAUUUUCAAGAAGAAACUUCAUAAUAGAAUAUUUCAAAUGGUAUUAGUUGGUUAGUAGUGUAAUAGUAAGUUAAUGAUAAUAGCUUCAUAUAAUACUGGGAGACGCAGGGAAACGAGAAGUUUUGAAAUUUCUAAGAAACAAUAUUCAAAUAUAAAACUAGUAGAAUACUAAUGGAAUGGCAUUUAUUCAUCAUGCAAUUUAUGUUCAUACAGUUGAAAUGUCCAAAUGUAUCUCUUCAUUUUCAAAAAUGGCGUUGGAAAGAUUUGUUCACAUUCGGGAUUUAUAGCCUGUUAUGGGUGGUGCAAGAAAACUGGAAAUUUUGAAAUAAAGUCAUUAACACUAAUAAAUUCCAUGAAAGAAGUGGAUUACCAAUGGAAUGACAUGUAUUCAUUAUGCAAUUUAUGAUCCUCCAAUCAAAAUGUCCGAAAGUUUCUUUUUGAGAUAAUUAAAAAAGAUAUGCUCACAAUUAAUUGGCUUUCGCAGUCUGUUAUGGUAUUAUAUAGAGCAAGGAACGGGAUACUUUGAAAUAAUGUACUUUCCACCAAUAAAUUACAUACUAGCAAAUUACUAAUAAAAUGGCAUAUAUUCAUAUUCAUCAUGCCCUGCAUAAUCAUUUUAUUGGAAAUUCUAAAAAUGCUUUUUUUAAUUUUUAAGAUGACAUAAGAAAGAUGUGGUCUCAUUCAGCGUUCACUUGAAAAUCUAUUUGCUGUGUGAUAUUUGAGGCAGGCAACCACCGCCCUAGAGCCAGUGGGCAGCCGAGCGACGACCCUGUCACAGUAGUCAAGUGCCCCCUGUAGCUGUCGCCGUCCCCAGGCGCCGUCCCGCGAGAUGGAUGGAGGCGGUGGGAAUGCGAAAUGAAUAACAGACGCCCGGUGAUGGUGAGAAUGGGAUGCUGGAUGCUGGGCGAACCUGAAGGUGAACAAGGAAAUGAGCGAAUGGAAAUGGGUGAAUAUGGAAGCUGAACAAUACUCCAAAUUACGCAACAUCGUGAUCCAGGGAAUCCCUGAAACGAAGGGAGAAGACAUUUAUUCUCUACUGGACGCAGUCGCCAAAGCCCUGAAAGUGACCUAUCAGCAGGGAGAAAUAUCGAAUGCCCACCGAUUAGCGCCCUCGAGAAACAACUAUCCAACAGCUAUAGUUGUUUCGUUUGUUCGUCGUCCAGUAAGGGCCGAGUGGCUGCAGGCAGCUCGAACUAUUAAAAUGAAGGCGUCUGACGUGAAUGCCUCCUUUGGUGCGACUCCGGUAUUCAUAAACGAACACUUGUCCAAGCACAACAGUUAUCUUCUAAAGCAGGCGAAGAAUAGAGUGAAGGCAGGGGAGCUGUCACACGCGUGGGUGCGAGAGGGCAAGGUGUUCGUGAGGAAGACGCCGGACGCGAGAGCACGUCGAGUCUACUGGGCGCUUGACGACCUGCCGACGCCCUCCCCUACGCCACUCAGUGAAAGUGCUAAUUUAAACGCAAAUAAGUGAAGGUACUGUAAUCCAUUUCCUUUGGUUUUCUUAUUCAUUUGUUAUCUCUGAACUAUCUUAUCUGAAAUUUAUUGAACUGAUUUGAAUUUAUUUAAAUUUAUUUAUAAUUUAUUUGAGUGUAUUGAUUUUUUUUUUUAAAGUCUUAUUUGAAUUGGUGAUUUCUUAUAUUGGAUAGUAGAAUGCAACAGAGUCCCGCUUGAUCGAAAUUUUAAUUGUAUAAAUACUGUUCCAAAAAUCUAAUUAGAUCUAUGAGUUGAAAUAAUUAUGAUUUAAUACUGUACAAAAUUAUUGCUCAUAAUAUCUGCUCUAAUCAUUUAUCACCAGCCAAUUGAAUACGAAUAUAAUUAUUAUUCGAUUAUACGAUUAUUAUACAAUUAUUUUUGCGUACCAUAAAUUUGCUUAAAAACAAUAUUAUCCCUUUGAUUAAUCUUCAUAUUUAAAAGGGAGGUACCUGAAGUAUGAAGCUUUGUUCAAUUUAAAACUUAAAAUAAUUAAGCCAUUUUCCGUUUAUCGUCUCAGUUGACUAGUUAUUCGGCUACAAAUUCUUCUGCUUGGUUUUUUAAUAAUUAACUUCAGCCUCUUCUGUUAAUAACUAGAGCUAUAACAUUGUUUCUUCAUUGAUACUCCAGUAAAAUUUUCGCACUUAUAUUAGGGUAUGUUUACUUUAUCCUCCAUUCAUUCAAUCAUUCAUUUCAUAUGACAGUAAAAAGAUCAGAAUUAAUUGAAUAUAGUAUUAAUAUGAGCACUAGAUUAAUUUAUGUGAUUUUCUUAUGGUUUUCAGUCCACAAGCUAUAAUAAUUUCUAGUAUGGUAAUAAACUAGUAAUAAUAAUUUAUUAAUCUCAGGUAGAACGGUUUUCAUUAUUUUUCUAGACAAUAUAUCAUUACUCAUAGUAUCUCUUUUUCUAUUUUAUUUUCCAAAUUGAUAGUCAUGAGAGAGGAUAAUAUUUCUUAAUAAGUUGUAAUAGUA